AUGCCCACAGAAGAAUCAAGUAAACCUGAAAACAACAAGAAAGAUGUCGAAUGUACAUUAAAAAGACAGAACGCUAAAAUGAAGAAAAACGAUGACGGUGAGCAGAAACAUGAUCAACAUCAAGCAACAGACACCACAACAGCCAGCUCAUCUGAAAAGAAACAGAAGAACAAGGGAAAAAGUAAGGGCAAAAGUGGAAAUAAAGUAUUGUCCCCUGAGGAAGUCGCAAAAGUGAGAGCGAAAAGGAAAGCCGCUAAAGAGGCCAAGAAAGCAAGUUUGGAGGCCCCGGGCGCUGAUGUUCCCCCAGAGUUGAGGUUUAUCAGACGUCCUAUACUGACAUUACAUGAUGGAGAACCAUUGACCGGGUUUCAGUUUAGCUUGAUGACUUACAACUGUCUUGCGCAAGCGUUAAUCAGAAGAAAAAUGUUCCCGGAUGGUGGUGAUGCGCUCAAAUGGCAUCGAAGAUCUCAAGUUCUAAAGAGAGAGUUCAAACAUUACAAUGCAGACGUGAUAUGUUUGCAAGAAAUCGACUAUAUUCAGUAUGAGAAUUUCUGGAAGUCUGAGCUUGAAAAACUAGGGUAUGAUACUCAGUUCAACAGAAAUGGUACGAAAAACCACGGUGUGUCAAUUGCAUGGAAACGUGAUUUAUUUUUUAUGACUGACAGAAUGUUUAUAGAUUACGACAAGGAGGCUUCUGGCGAUAUUCCUCCACGAACAGUUACGAAGAAUGUUGGCCUUGUACUGUCGCUCAAGUUCACGGAGAAAGCUAGACAGCAGUUUCCAAAUAAAACCAUCAGGAGUGGAAUCAUUAUUGGAACCACACAUUUGUUCUGGCAUCCAUUUGGAACAUAUGAAAGAACUAGACAGUGCUUCAUUAUUUUAAAAAAAAUGAAAGAGUUCAUGCACAGAGUCAAUGUUUUACAAAACGAUGCGGAUAAUGACCUCUCCCACUGGUGGCCAUUUUUUUGUGGAGAUUUCAAUUCGCAACCCUACGAUGCUCCUUAUUUGUCAAUGACGUCUAAACCGAUCGAAUACAAAGAUAGAGCCUUGAAAGUGAUACAAUGCAGCACUUCUUACACAUUUUCGAAGCUUAGGGAAGGUAUCAACGAUGGCGAUGAGGAAAAUGGAAAUGUCGAGAAAUUUGGUAAGAAUCAACCUGAAACACCAGUACCUGCAGAAUUUAAUGCAAACGAACAGCAGAAGGAACUAGUGAAAGAAAUGGAGCAGUUACAAAAUAGCCUGGAUAUGAGAGCCAUUUCCUUGUACUCUGUUGCAUAUAAAAAGGUUCAUGCGGAGAAUUCGGGUUUGGAUAAUGAUCGUGGAGAACCGGAGAUUUCCAAUUGGGCACAUACUUGGAGGGGUCUUCUUGAUUAUUUAUUUUUGAUCAAGGAUUGGGACUUUUCGGACAAAAAAGAAGUUGGAUCAUUGAAUAGCUUUGAAAAGGAAAACUCAUUGAGAAUACGUGGCUUAUUACGAAUGCCAUCAAGUGAAGAAAUGACAGAACAUGGCCAGCCUCAUGUUGCAGAAUAUCCAAGUGAUCAUUUGUGUAUGAUAUGCAAACUAGAGUUAUUACCAUAA